GAGAACAUUCCCUGAGGGGAGAACGGGAUAAUCGGGGAUCCUGGUGCUGAGGGAAGCGAUGGUGUCUGUCCAUGGGUGCCUUGGGAAGGUGGCGGCAGUGGCUUCCAGCCGGAUCCAGCGUUGCGGGCGGCUCUAUCUUACGGGUUUAAUCCAGCACCGAGGGGCGACAGGAUGAGAGGACAUGGCCCCAAGUUGCGCCAGGGAAGGCUUAGUUUGGACAUUGGGAAGAAUUUCGUCACAGAAAAGGACUUUGUGGAGGUUGGGAUUCUGUGCCAGACUACUGAAAACUAAUCAUUUUAGGACAGCUGCAUCAAAUACAUCAUUUCCAGCAGUUUGGAUGCUAUUGGCACCACAUUCUGGCAGAAUACCUGGGCUCUUUGUAGUAGUUAAAAAAACCACUUUGUUCACAAUGCCCGAAACCGUGGAGGAUAAAACUAAUCCAGAACUGUAUUUGCCACAUCCUGGAGUGCGUGGGAUGACACUGCUCAACAGAGAGGCUUUCAAAAGGACAGUGGUUGUUCCAGCUCUUAAAGUCAAGAAAGAAAUUGUGCACAGUGUGCUGAAGUCCCUCAAGCAAUCAGUACUGCAGCGCCCCGGCCUCAAGCGGGUGGUGGAGGAUCCAGAGGAUGAGGACAGUAGAUUUGUUAUCCUGGAUCCUCAUAAAGUGCCGGAAUUCUCAUUAGGAGAGCCAGAGCAGCAGGUCCUGAAACAGCUCAGUGUCCCUGCUGAGGUGUGCAAGUACCACCUGGAGCUGAGCUAUGAGAAUUUCAAGUCGGAGGAGAUCCUGCGCGCCGUCCUUCCCGAGGGUCAGGAGGUCACCUCUGGAUUCAGCCGUGUUGGCCACAUUGCCCACUUGAAUCUCAGGGAUCACCAGCUGCCCUACAGACACUUGAUUGGCCAGGUUAUAAUGGACAAGAAUCCAGGAGUCACCUGUGUAGUGAAUAAAACCAAUAUUAUCGACAGCACAUACAGGAAUUUUGAAAUGGAAGUGCUUGCUGGAGAGAACAACCUGGUGACCAAGGUCAAAGAAAACAACAUUGCCUAUGAACUGGACUUCUCCAAAGUGUACUGGAACCCGCGCCUGUCCACCGAGCGCGGCCGCGUGGUGCAGCUGCUCAGGGCCGGCGACGUUCUCUUCGACGUCUUCGCCGGCGUCGGCCCCUUCGCCAUCCCGGCGGCCAAGAGGAGGUGCCGAGUGUUUGCCAACGACCUCAACCCCGAGUCCUACGCCUGGCUCCUGCACAACUGCAGGCUCAACAAAGUGGACACCAGGGUGAAGGCGUUCAACAUGGACGGCAGGGACUUCCUGCGGGGGCCGGUGAGGGAGGAGCUCAGCAGAGAGCUCCCGCUCCCGAGGGAAGGACAGAAACCCGCGUUCCACAUAGUGAUGAACCUGCCGGCUCUGGCUGUGGAGUUCCUGGAUGUUUUCAGGCAUCUCUUGGUCGGGGAGCCCUGCAGCCCUGCUGACCUUCCCACUGUGCACUGCUACGGGUUCUCCAAACACAGCAACCCAGCCAGAGACAUUCAGGAGCGAGCGGAAGCUGCGCUGGGAACCUCCCUGGCUGGACGCUGUUCCGCUUUCCUGGUGAGGAACGUGGCGCCCAACAAGGAGAUGCUGUGCCUCAGUUUCCAGAUCCCGGCAGACGUGCUCUACAAGAGGCCGUGCCCUGAUGAAGCAAAACCAGCCUUGAAACGUCUCUGUAGCAGCCAAGAUUCUUCAGAAGAGAAGGUACUGAGUUGAAGACCAGAAUUAUGGUGACCACCUUAGUUUGUGUAAAGGAUAUUUGGGGUCUCUGUUUUACCCCUUGAGUUAUAAGGAGCAGAGCUGUGUUCCCAUCGAGUUGCAGCUUUCUUUUGGGAGCCUUGCUUCCUGCAGUCACCUUUUCUUCUCAUUGUGGGGUCGAUUGAAAUUGCUACUACAAAAAAUUAAAGCUUUAUUCUCUUAGAAUAAAUGUGUUUUGGUACUUGCCUGCUCUCUGUUGUUUCAUGCCCUGUGCUGACUCAGUGGCAGGGCCUGGGGUAGUUUUCUGCUGUAGCGUUUUGAUAAUGUCCAGGUUGUGGGCAGAACAGACUUUUAUGUCUUGUCAGGUCUAGGAAGGUGACUGAUACAAUCUCUGCCCUGGAUUCUCCCUGACAGAUGUUCUGGUUUCAGAAUAUUGGAUUAUGGUUAGCAGAUGCACAAACAGCUCUUGUGUAAGCAAGGUAACCUUUCAAAAGCUUAGCCUGAGAUACCAGAGAGCCCAACAUCCUGAGGUUUUGAGUAAAAAAUUCUUUUUAACACCCAGAUUUAGUUAGGGAUUAGUUGACUCCUAACUAGUGUUUGCCCAUGGUUAGAACCAGAAAGACUUUAAUGUCUUUUGCACAUUUAUAGAUGAAGUUCAUGCUUACAUUGCAGUUCCAGGCUGAAACCAGCACCUGAAAAACAGUUCUGUCCUCCUGAAGCCGUGUCCUCCCGUGCCUUUUGUGCCUCUGCCCUCCCCCAGCUCUCCCCACCUCUGCCUGCUCCCCUGCUGCAGUCCCUGGAUGAUCUUUCUGGCUGGCUGCUUGUAUUCUGCAGGGAUUUG